AUGCCUUCGCUCAACAUCACUCUGAGAGGCCACUCCACCAAACGCCGCUACCCAGAGCGCGCAGCAGUCCACCUCACCAUACAAUCACGCGGCGAGUCAGAGGACGCCGUCACAAACAAAGCCGCGGAGACCUGCAUGGACCUAACAGGCUUCCUGGUGCCACUAUGCAACGAAGAAGUCAACGAAGACACCGCAAUGGCUAGAAGCAAUACCGGCGCCGUAUCAACAUUCACUGCUCGCAAUAUCUACCUCGCGGCUACAGAGCCCGAUUGGUAUGACCCCGAGCCAACGGACGAUAUCGAUCCCAACAGACCUCGUGUCUACCACGCCGUCAUCGUGAUCUCCGCUAUCUUCAGUGACUUCUCAGUGAUGAAGAGAUUCAUUGAGAAGACGGAUGAUCAUGCAAACGUGAAAUUGAAAAGUAUCAGCUGGUUCCUCACUGAUGAAACCAAGGAUGAACUUGGUGUGGGAUUGCGCAGGGAGGCUGUGCUUGAUGCUGUCGCGAAGGCGAAUCAGUAUGCUGAGGCAGUUGGGUUUGAGGAUGUUACGCCUGUGCAUAUCAGGGAGAUUCAGCCAGAUGUGGAUUCGGAUCAGAGACAGAAAUCUAUGUAUCGGCACUCUAGUGGGGUGGAUUUGGUGCCUAGGGAUAUCGUGCUCCGUUGCUGUGUGGAGGUUGCUUUUGAAAGUGGCUGUGAGAUUGAAUCUACGGAUCGAUCUGGUGAUACUUAG